AUGGUACUAGUUCCAAUGAACACUCCUGGUGUUGAGGUUGUUAGGAAUCUUCAUGUUCUCGGCGCCGAUGACGCUCCAUCUGGACACUGCGAGAUCACCUUCACAAAUGUCCGCGUUCCUGUUGAAAACAUGAUCCUGGGUGAAGGCCGAGGAUUCGAAAUCGCUCAGGGACGAUUAGGGCCUGGACGAAUUCACCACGCAAUGAGGCUUAUAGGACAUGCCGAACGUGCCAUAGACAUCAUGAAAGAGCGGACAUCCUAUCGAGUAGCAUUUGGACGACGAUUGAAAGAAUUUGAUUCGAUUCGUAAAGACAUUGCUUUGUCCCGGUGCGAGGUCGAGCAGGCGCGCCUACUUGUCCUCAAAGCUGCCCAAAUGAUUGACACGAGGGGUGCUAAGGAAGCACAAUCCGAAAUCGCUAUGAUCAAGGUGGUCGCUCCGAAUAUGGCACAGCGAGUUGUAGAUCGAGCGAUUCAGAUGCUUGGCGGACUAGGACUUACCAUAGACACACCACUUUCAAGCUUUUUCAUAGCCGCUCGAUCGUUACGGAUAGCUGACGGGCCAGACGAGGUUCAUCUCGAGACGAUAGCAAAGAACGAGUUCAAAAGCAGGAUCUGA